AUGCUUUCCCCUGCGCUGCGACCUUCUUCCAUCAAUGCUGCUGCUUCUGCUGCAACGGCUGCUGCUGCUGCUGGCGUAGCACUGGGAGCUACGACGUCAGGCGAACCUCUCAGCCCUGUUGUGGGCGCUGUGAUCGGAGGCGUCUUAGCUGUGAUUCUCCUCAUCAUCAGCUCCCUUCUAGUGCUUAAAUGCAAACCACGUUCCUCCCGCCAAGCCCAAAGCUUGCGAGAAACCACCAGCAGUUGUGGACACCCAGGCUACAAGUCGUGUGGAAAGGCCGACUUACUUCCCGACUGCAGCUUCACCGACACUACAGAGAGCCAGGCUCAGGUCGGCCCCGACCUCGUCUCCACCUCCCACGAAUCGGCAGGGAUGACCCACUCGCCUGACUCCAGCACGCCCCUUGUAAGUAAUGAACGAAUAAUACAGAGCCACGAACAGCACGAGCAAAUGUAUCAGUUACAGAAUCAGCAUUACGCUCAGCAGAACCUCUGCUCCGGUCACCCCCAACAGACUCCUCAACACCUCCUGAUGGUGGAGCCCUCAGAAGGAGGCGGUGUUAGUGGAGAAGCUGACUACUACCAUGAUGUCCUUAUGGGGGGCGGCUCCCUGCCAUCCCAUACACAGUUGGUCUACCUUUAUAACUACAAGCUUCACCCCCAUCACAAGGGUGGUGGCGAAUGGUUGGUAGCUGAGGGCGUGCGGAACACUGCUCCUGAGCCUAGUGUGGGAGUGGGCGGGGACCUGAGUGGCUGCGUUGACUGGGGCGUGAGUGUGGGCGGUGGUGUGGGUGUUGACAAGUACUUGCCUGACUGCUCGUCUUUGUCUACGUGCAACGUAGUUAAUCCCCAGCGUCAUUCUGCCUUCUUGCGCCCACUGGAUCAAGGUCCCAGCCAACUCAUCCAGUUGCCGACGCACCUUACCGAGCACCAGCAAGCCGGCCACUAUAUACCUACACUCCAUCAUCCCAGGAAGUUUCAACCUGCUUUUGAAAGUGAGAGCGCUGUCUAGUGAAUGCGCAGGACCGGCGUUUUAGCUCUACUGAUGUGUAUAAGCUAUGUGGCUUAUGAAUUUAGUGGAGAGCUAUAAACUAGCUAUGCACUCUGUAUGAAGGGUGUACAGCCCGCUUUAUUAAUGUGUGCAUUAAAACGUUCAUAGAGCAAUGUACAAGCUUCGCUGCGUGUUCACUAAAUGUACAGACCAUCACGUUGAUGAUUACCUAAUUUAAAAGUGGGACGGCGGAGAAAGCUCUCUAACCGAGUGCUGAUAAAACACUGACACUGUUCCCUGUACCAAGAUGCCAGCAGUUAAGACAAACAAUGAUCUUAUCACAUCUCUACGUUCUUCAAUCUUACCAUCAUAUCCAUAAUAGUGUUUACAGAUUCACUCUCACAGACACUUGACCUACAUCUCUCUUAUUCAAGGAAAGAUAUGAAAUAUAUGUGAAGUGAAUUAGAUUCUCUCGUGUUUGUACAAGAUGAUCUGGUGUGGUGAAUUUCGUAUCUGUCCCUGUGAGAGAAAAUAUCUUAAAAGCAUGUAAGACAAAGCUAAGCAUAAGCUGGCACGGAAAUUAUUUAAGAAUGAGAAACAAAAUUACACAAUGAGAAACAAAAUUACACAAUGUGAAACAAAAUCACACAAUAAACAGUGAGCAUAAGGUGUUAGCUAGGCAUGGCUGGGACGUAUUUCCAUCAGGACCAAUAUCGCGUGCGUUCUCCUAGUGUUUACUACAGAGAAUUCCCGUCAAAACCUGACGAUUCACAUCUUCCUGUAUUUCGGAUGACAGGGAUCCACAGUCACACACAACUGUGGUAAAAACAUCAGAUCGUUUAUAUUUGUACUUAUGCAUACUGUGUAAUUCCUGUUUUCAAGUUUGUGCUAUUUUCCAUUAAAAAAAAUCAGCUGCUGUGUGUAGCCUAAAUAACAUUGUGAGUAAAUAUAAUUUAUAAGAGGGAAA